AGCGAAAACUAGUCUUUUUCUGGGUUUACGAGAACAGAACCGGAGUGGAAAAUGUUAUUUACUUCAAGGAAACAAUUUAUUCUUGCGAAACAUUAAAUUUGUCAAUCAAGCAAAUAAAGGAAGAAAGCCUUAUUUAUAAAAUUGCCUGCUUCUGAUUUCAUUCCAUUGCUUCUAAGGCUCCAAGAGGAAAAAAAAAAUGAAGACUUUUUUGCUUGGUAUUUUUCUUUUAUGUUGUAACUCAGCCUGGGCGAAAAAUAAGCAUUAUUACAUUGGAAUUAUUGAAACAACUUGGAACUAUGCCUCUGACAGUGGGGAAAAGAAACUCAUUUCAGUUGACACGGAACAUUCUGACAUCUAUCUUCAAAAUGGCCCCGAUAGAAUUGGAAGGUUAUACAAGAAGGCCCUUUAUCAUCAGUACACAGAUGGAAGCUUUACAACAAUUCUAGAAAAGCCUGUCUGGCUGGGGUUUUUAGGCCCCGUUAUCAAAGCUGAAAUUGGAGAUGAAGUUCAUGUACACUUAAAAAACUUUGCCUCUAGGCCCUACACUUUUCAUCCACAUGGAGUAACUUACUAUAAGGAGCAUGAGGGGGCCAUCUACCCUGAUAACACCACAGAUUUUCAAAAAGCAGAUGACAAAGUGUAUCCAGGUGAGCAGUAUACAUAUGUAAUGCAUGCCAGCCAAGAACAAAGUCCUGGUGUGGAAGAUGCCAACUGUGUGACAAGGAUUUACCACUCCCACAUUGAUGCUCCAAAAGAUAUUGCCUCAGGACUCAUCGGACCUUUAAUAGUCUGUAAAAAAGAUUCUCUGGAUAAAGAAAAAGAAAAAAAUAUUGACCAAGAAUUUGUGGUGAUGUUUUCUGUGGUGGAUGAAAAUCUCAGCUGGUACCUAGAUGACAACAUUAACACCUACUGCUCGCAACCAGAGAAAGUUGACAAAGAGAACGAAGACUUUCUGGAGAGCAAUCGAAUGUAUUCUGUGAAUGGACACGCUUUUGGAAGUCUCCCAGGACUCUCCAUGUGUGCAGAGGACAGAGUGAAAUGGUAUCUUUUUGGUAUGGGUAACGAAGUUGACGUGCACGCAGCUUUCUUCCACGGGCAAACGUUGACUAAUAAGAACUACCGUAUUGAUACAAUCAACCUCUUUCCUGCUACCCUCUUUGAGGCUUUUAUGGUGGCCCAGAACCCUGGAGAGUGGAUGCUUAGCUGUCAGAAUCUGAACCAUCUGAAAGCUGGUUUACAGGCCUUUUUCCAGGUGCAAGACUGUAACAAGCCUUCAUCAGAGGACGAUAUCCGUGGGAAACAUGUUAGACACUACUACAUUGCUGCUGAGGAGAUCAUCUGGGAUUACGCACCCUCUGGCAUAGACACCUUCACCAAGGAAAACUUAACGGCACCUGGAAGUGAUUCAGAGGUGUUUUUUGAACAAGGUGCUACAAGAAUUGGAGGCUCUUACAAAAAGCUGGUUUAUCGUGAGUACACAGAUGCCUCCUUCAGGAAUCGAAAGGAGAGAGGCCCUGAGGAGGAACAUCUUGGCAUCCUGGGUCCUGUCAUUUGGGCAGAGGUGGGAGACACCAUCAGAGUCACCUUCCAUAACAAAGGAGCACAUCCCCUCAGUAUUGAGCCAAUCGGAGUGAGGUUCAGCAAGAGCAACGAGGGCACAUACUAUGAGUCACAGUACAAGCAUCCGAGAGGAAGUGUGCCUCCUCCUUCAGCCCGUGUGGAACCCAAAGAAACAUUCACCUAUGAAUGGACUGUCCCCAAAGAAGUGGGACCCACUUACAAAGACCCUGUCUGUCUAUCUAAGAUGUAUUAUUCUGCUGUGGAUCCCACCAAAGAUAUAUUCACUGGGCUUAUCGGGCCAAUGAAAAUAUGCAAAGAAGGAAGUUUACAAGCAAAUGGGAGACAGAAAGACGUAGACAAGGAGUUCUAUUUGUUCCCCACAGUUUUUGAUGAGAACGAGAGUUUACUCCUGGAUGAUAAUAUUCAAAUGUUUACAACCGCACCUGACCAGGUGGACAAGGAAGACGCGGACUUUCAGGAAUCUAAUAAGAUGCACUCCAUGAACGGAUUCAUGUACGGGAAUCAGCCUGGUCUCAACAUGUGCCAAGGAGAUUCGGUCGUGUGGUACUUAUUCAGCGCUGGAAAUGAGGCCGACAUACACGGGAUUUACUUCUCAGGAAACACGUACCAGUCAAGAGGAGAAACGAGAGACACGGCAAACCUCUUCCCUCAGACAACGCUCACACUCUCCAUGCAGCCUGACACUGAAGGGACUUUUGAUGUCGAGUGCCUCACAACCGAUCACUACACAGGCGGCAUGAAGCAAACAUACACUGUGAACCAGUGCAAGCAGCUGCCUGAGAGUUUGAACUCCUACUACCGGGGAGAGAGGACCUACUACAUCGGAGCGGUGGAGCUGGAGUGGGAUUACUCGCCCAGCAGGCGGUGGGAGGAGGAGCUGCACCACCUCCAAGAACAAAAUGUCUCGAAUGCAUUUUUAGAUAAGGGAGAAUUUUACAUAGGCUCAAAGUACAAGAAGGUUGUGUAUCGGCAAUUCACUGACAGCACGUUCAGAGUCCAGGUGGAGAGAAAGGCAGAGGAGGAGCACCUGGGAGUUCUGGGUCCACAACUCCACGCGGAUGUUGGAGACAAAGUUGCAAUUAUCUUUAAAAACAUGGCCUCAAGGCCCUACUCCAUACAUGCCCACGGGGUGAAAACAGAGAGUUCCACAGUUACGCCCACCUGUGAAACUCGCACUUACAUAUGGAAAAUCCCAGAAAGAUCUGGAGCUGGAAGGGAGGAUUCUGCUUGUAUUCCAUGGGCUUACUAUUCCACUGUGGAUCAAGUUAAGGAUCUCUAUAGUGGAUUAAUUGGCCCACUGAUUGUUUGUCGGAAACAUUACCUCCAAGUAUUCAAUCCCAUAAAGAAACCGGAAUUUUCCCUUCUGUUUUUUGUUUUUGAUGAGAAUGAAUCUUGGUACUUAGAUGACAACAUCAAAACAUACUCUGAUCACCCUGAGAAAGUAAAGAAAGAUGACGAGGAAUUCAUAGAAAGCAACAAAAUGCAUGCUAUUAAUGGAAGACUGUUCGGGAACCUACAAGGCCUCACAAUGCACGUGGGAGAUGAAGUCAAUUGGUAUCUGAUGGGAAUGGGCAACGAAAUAGACUUGCACUCGGUACACUUCCACGGCCACAGCUUCCAGUACAAGCUCAAGGGCGCUUAUAGUUCUGAUGUCUUUGACAUUUUCCCUGGGACAUACCAAACCCUGGAAAUGUUUCCAGCAACACCUGGAAUCUGGUUACUCCACUGCCAUGUGACCGACCACAUUCAUGCUGGAAUGGAAACUACUUACACCGUCCUACCAAAUGCAGCGUCUUCUCAGACUCACAGGAGGAUAUGGAAUGUGAACUACCCAUUUUCAGUCAGCGUGAUUAUUUUACUCCAAGCAUCUACCAAGGAGUGGCUAGGAGAAUAAGAUCCUUUGAUGUUCGCAAUGGUAUGGUGUCAGGGGGCUGCCUUGUAGAUAAUCUCCAGAUGUACUGUGAUGUGAGCUUGAAGAAGAGUUCCUGAAGUACCACAUCUGGGAGACACGCUACUAGCUGAGCUUCCCAAAAGUCUACCAAGAGCUGAGGAAUCUUAUCUUCAUCCUUACCACAGAGCACCUUGAGAACAGUGAAACAAGCGCCGUGUCCCACAUAAAUACAGCACUGGGCGAGUUACAGCUGGUCUGAAUACACUCCAUCAUGUGGGCCACGCAUUUAAUAAUUUAUCACUACUAUCAGUGUCAUAGCAAAGCAAAUUUAGACAUUUUAACAGGAAACAGAUUCUAGGUUGCAUGGAAGGAAUUUUUAUAGAUCCAUUCUUUUAACCUGUACUUUUAAUAAAUUGGUUAUGUGUAAGUCUGUUUUUUCAAUAAAAAAUGAAAACCCUCUUCUCUUA